AUGCUACUGGACACAUACAAAAAAACUGUUCAGGAACAGUACGAAGCAAUACCACUUCUAGAAACGUUAUGCUACAAGGAUAAAGUUAAAAAUAAAGAAGGUUUAUGCCAGGAAGAUGAAAACCAUUGUUUUAAUACCUUAAUUGCUGCUUGUCCUGACUCAAGUAAGCAUGCUAUUUGUAAAAAAGGUCGCCGUGAAAUAGUAUCUUUUCAAACCAUGGCCGAGGAAAUGUCGAUGGAAAUUACAUCAGUAAUAGAAAAUGCACUAAAUUCGGAUUUUUUAUCAAGUCUACAGAUGGAUGUAGAAUCUUUUAACUUGAAGGUUUGCUGCAAAAAAGUUUUAAAAGAGAUUUUAGAUGUUAGUACAUUCGAGGAAGCCAUUCGGUCUUAA